AUGGGAAUCGCACAAGCAAAGCGUACUAUUUCUGGGAGCUCAAUAUGGUCCGCCACCUUCGAGGACGUGCAAGUAAAUGGUGGUCGCGAAAAUGCCGAAAAUGCCGGCAUCCCCAGUUUUUCCUUGCUUCAACAUCUCGGCCCAUUGCAUGCAGUACCAUUCUUGCCAGCACCACCAACGGCAACAUGGGCCGAGGUUAGGUCGUCUUUGCCGGAGCCUGGAGAUGCUGUUCCAUUAGCAUUGUGGAGGGAUGUCCAAGGUCCGCAGCCAAAUGGGCGAGGCCAGUCGGCGCAGGCAUUCGCGCAAGAGACAAACGAUCCUCCGCAGACAAUCUCGUCCAGAGGCAUGAUACACUUCAAGGGUCGAGCAGCUUCAACUAGAUUCUACGGAUUCAGUUAUCACUUGAAUCUCUACCAGCAGGUGAAAGCCCAGUAUCCUCUCAUCAACCGGCUGUGCGACGACAUCUUCUUCAAAGCCAGUAGAAAGCCGGCGAGUGGCCACAGUAAUCAGACCCAGGUUGAUACACAAAGCCUGGUGAACCUGGUUCCUCGAAAGGAAGUGGUGGACGCCUUGGUGCAAACCUACCUUGACCAUGUCGAGGUCACUCACCGUGUUCUUUACAUUCCAUCUCUUUACCGUCAGUACAACCGCCACUGGGAGACUGCUGAGGAAACUUCAGAAAACUUUCUAGUUCAGUUGUGUCUCAUCAUGGCCAUCGCAUCAGCCACGCGACAUGAGGCUGCCACGCUGGUCGCGAGUCCAGAACCCAUCGAAAUGGCAAAAAAAUGGAUUCAAGCCGCGGAAUCCUGGCUAAACUCCCAACAUCCAACCUCUGUGGAGAGCUUGCCCUCGUUACAAGUUCAAUGUCUGUUGCUGGUUGCGAAAAGGGCAAACUAUAUCCACGAGACUACGCUUUGGGCAUCGACGGGGGCAUCGGUACGGUGGGCAAUGGCGGCAGGGUAUCACCGGGAAGUUGGGUCAGAGGCUCCAAUCUCUCCAUUUUAUCGCGAGAUGCGGCGAAGGCUGUGGGCGACAAUAACUGAGCUUGACUUGCUGGCUGCAAUGGAGCGCGGAAUGCCCCCUAGCAUUAGACAGGAUGAGUUUAAUACGCAGGCGCCAGUAAACGAAGAUGCAUUAAACAUUAUUUCGUCCAUUCCGGAACUCGUCGGGCCAUUUACAUCGCCCGUGGAACAUGCCUGGCGAAUCGUGGAGAAGCGAGUCACGUUAACACUAGAAGGUGUAAGCGAUUACUACGUUUUGUCCAUGAUAAUUGGGCUAGUCAAGUCGCUGUAUAUUCCAACAUCUUCGGCUACUUGGGCUAAAGACGUUAGCGAGAAAGUGAUCUUCAACUACUCCGAUGUGAGUCCCAACAUGGCCUAUUUGCGUAGCUCCGAGACAAGUGGUGGGAUAUUAACAGCUCAUAGCACCUAUGCCAGUGAGGCAAACUCUGGUGCGGCUCGUGACCACGACGCGGAUUUUUUUCACACUCUUACACCCGACGAUAUGGACUUUCUUCUAAAUGAUAUUAAUUUUGGUUCCUUCUUGGAGGAUCCUGACACCGAGGCGUCCCAUCUUCCAUUGUUUUCAUGGAACGCGUGA